AUGUCCCCUGAUGAGCAACCGUGGAUUGUAAAGCUGCUUAUCAUUCUUUUUGGUUAUGCUACGGUCAUCGUGCCAGCAUACGUGCUCAUCCAAUACAUUCGCCGGAAAUAUUCUACAUUGGAGCCGCGCACAACUGUGGGACGUUUUUUGCGAUCAUUCGCCGUCGGUACAGAAAACUAUCAGUUUCUUGAGUCGAUGAAGCCGACUGUAGGUGCAGACACACGGAAUUUCUUCAAAGAUGCCGUUACGCUCUUGUUUUUCUUUGCUGGUAUUCAGUGUACAUUAGUUAUGAUGGGUUUUCUCCAAGAGCGUAUUAUUACUCAGGGUUAUCGAGCGUACGAUUUCGAACAGGUUUCGUUUUUUUUUAAUCAGACUGAUCAGUUUGGUGACGCCCAGUUUCUGGUGUUAUGUAAUCGAAUGGUAGGGAUAUUGGUCUGCGCCAUUGUGCUGACUCUUACGUGGAAGAGGCAACCGCCACAUGUUCAACCGUAUUUCGUACAUUCAUACACAUCUAUAUCGAACACUAUGUCCACUUGGUGCCAGUAUGAAGCCCUAAAAUAUGUCUCAUUUCCUACUCAGACGAUUUGCAAAACUUCGAAAGUCGUUGUAACGAUGCUCAUGGGACUUCUGCUACGCGGACAGCACUAUACUUGGCAAGAAUGGAUGUGUGGGGCGACUGUAGGAACUGGCGCUGGUUUGUUCUUGCUGAGCAGCGGUCGCAGCAAACAUGAGGGUAUUGUGACGUCGGUCUCUGGGAUGAUUCUCAUGUUAGGCUAUCUUGUAUUCGACUCGUAUACGUUGAAUUAUCAAAAGAAAUUGUUUGACAAGAAACCGAAGAUCUCGAAAUAUCAGAUGAUGAUGGGUGUGAAUGUGUUCUCAGCCAUUCUAUGCAUGGUUUCACUUAUCGAGCAGGGAACGUUGUUCACCUCGAUUGGAUUCGCUUUCGAUCAUGAACACUUUUCCCGUGACGUGUUAUUCCUCAGCCUUUCUGGGGCCACUGGACAAAUGCUAUCGAUACUGUUAUCGUCGUUUUACUAUGGACAUUCACUUUCGAGCUGGUCGUUUGUUGGUUUUGGAAUCGUGUUCAGUGCGAUAUUUCUGGAUAUCUAUAGGAAAUACUUUGAAAGGCGACAUAGCGUUAAGUAA